GGGAAACGGCCUGAGAUGAGGGAGCGCGCAUGCGUGAAUGCCAGAAAACGCGCAUUGGGACGGCUUCGUGUCGAGCGAGUGCGCCUGCGCGGAAGUGGCGGGACAGUAUUGCGGGUGUUGCGGCCUAAAGUGUCCCCCGCAACUUCCGGUUCCGGUGGAAAAAAAAACACCUCAGCGGAGAGCGGACGAGACUCGUCGCUCGACACGGAAGCGAGCGGAAGUGAGGAGGGGGCCUACAUCCGAACGCAAACAGAGGAGAUUUUGCCAGCGAGGAGGAGCCCAUGCUCGUUCAGGAUGGCGGCGCUGAGCAGCACCAGCAGCAACGGGGUCCCGAGUGCGGGGAACAACGGGGAGUCCGUGGGGGUCGGCGGCCCGGACAGCACCUUCGAGUGCAACAUCUGCCUGGACACCGCCAAGGACGCCGUCAUCAGCCUCUGCGGACACCUCUUCUGCUGGCCUUGUUUGCACCAGUGGCUGGAAACGCGGCCAAACCGGCAGGUGUGCCCGGUGUGCAAAGCCGGGAUCAGCCGAGAUAAAGUCAUCCCGCUCUACGGGCGAGGAAGCACCGGGCAGCAGGACCCCAGGGAGAAAACCCCCCCGAGACCCCAGGGACAGAGGCCCGAACCAGAAAACCGAGGGGGCUUCCAGGGCUUUGGCUUUGGGGACGGGGGCUUCCAGAUGUCCUUUGGGAUCGGGGCCUUUCCCUUCGGCAUCUUCGCCACCGCCUUCAACGUCAACGACGGCCGCCCCCCGCCGGCCCCCCCGGGCACCCCGCACCACGCCGACGAGCAGUUCCUCUCGCGGCUCUUCCUCUUCGUCGCCCUCCUCAUCAUGUUCUGGCUCCUCAUCGCCUGAUCACCACGGACACCACCACCACCACCACCACGGACACCCCGCCUCGCCCCACAACACCACGUGUACACAGACAUUCCCAACACAAAAACAUAUUCCCCCCAAUUGUGCCACGAAUAAAAUUUGAAAUAUUUCCCUGGAUAUAUAUAUAUAUAUUUUGCAAUUAAUUAAUGAAUAUUUCCCUGGAAUUUUUUUUUGCAUUAAUGAAUAAAAUUAGAUUUAUUUUCCCUCGA